AUGGUCCCCCCACAGAGAGCCCGCAAGAUCGCCAUUGUUGGUGCCAGUGCCGUUGGUAAAUCCUCGGUAACUGUCCAGUUUGUAGACGAACACUUUGUUGAAUCGUACUACCCAACGAUUGAAAACCAGUUUUUCAAGCCUAUCAAGUAUAAGGGUGUUGAAUACACUACAGAGAUUAUCGACACAGCCGGACAAGACGAGUUUUCCAUCAUGAACCAGAAACAUCUGAUUGGAAUUCAUGGCUACAUGCUUGUGUACUCGAUUGCAUCACGUUCUUCAUUUGAAAUGAUUUCCAUCAUUCGUGACAAAAUUCUUAACGCCACCGGCGCAGAAACUCUUCCUAUGGUUGUGGUCGGCAACAAAACAGACCUUGAGUCACAACGUCAAGUUCCUGCUGAAGAAGGUAAGGCUCUUGCUGAGUCGUUUGGAGCUGCCUUUGUGGAAACUUCAGCAAAGGAUAAAGUUAAUGUGGACAAGGCUUUUGAACUUCUUAUUUCGCAGAUUGAUUCUACAUCGGCAGAGAAUAAGGAUAAGGGAUGUGUUAUUAGUUAA